AUGCGAUUCAAGACGGGGAGCAAAGUGGAAGUGCUGGAGAAACGGGAUUCACCUUCAGGAUCGUGGCGUUGUGCCGAGAUUGUGUGUGGGAACGGGCACAACUACACUGUGAGGUAUGAUGGGGAUGCUGAAUUGAAGAGGAUAUCGAGAAAUGCUAUCAGGCCAUGCCCACCUGCGUUUGAAGUUUCUGAUGCUUGGGUUCCCGGUGAUGUAGUGGAGGUGUUUGAUGGCUCCUCUUGGAAGAUCGCCACGAUCACAAAGGCAUUUGGGGAUAAUUACUGUUUGGUGAGGGUGUUGGGAUCUUCUGAUGAGUUCGAAGUCAGCAACUUUUGCAUUCGUGCUAGGCAAUCUUGGCAAGGUGACAAGUGGGUUGUGAUUGGAAAGGGAACUGGAAGCUGCAAAGAUAGGAAACCACAGGAGAAGUUAUCCCUGAAGAAGAAAGCAAAUGAGAAAAAUGCUUCUAAAGUUCAAUUGACACACUCAAGGAAAGUUGCGGUGAGGGAAAAUGCGUGCAUGCCUGGAGCGAAGAAGGGAAAUCUCCAGAAACCCAACAUGACUGUUUGUAAAAGUGUGAAAAGAAGUGCUUAUGGUGAUUCGCAAGCUGAAACAUAUUACUGUUCUCCCAGAAAAUAUAGAGCAGUUGAGAGAGCGGGCAGGCCAAAACGACUAGUUGCUACCAAUCAACCCUUGCUGUGUGAAGAUGUAGUAGUCAAUGGUUUCCCCAGCCAAGCUGGGAUUUCUGAAGUGGAUGCUGAGAGGAGGCUGCUCGCUGGAGCUGUGGGAUGUUCAUAUGCAACAGACCUAGAAUCUAGUGAUGCUGAUAGUGUUGCAUGCUCAGUUGGUAGUUGUAGCAUUGAUGGCAACUAUUCCAAUAGAUUCCGUCUUCAUGCAGGCCAUAUUGAAGAUGGCGAACGUAACUCUAGUGAUGCAGAAUCAUUUUGCGCACGCGAAGAUCAGGAGGCAAACAUCUCCCUUCCAACAAAAGAGCAAUUGACUGGUGAAAUCCAUAGGUUAGAGUUGUAUGCCUAUCGUAGCACGAUCGAGGCAUUGCAUGCUUCGGGCCCAUUGAGUUGGGAGCAGGAAGCAUUGGUGACAAACCUUCGCCUAUCCCUCCAUAUAUCAAAUGAUGAACAUUUGGUGGAGGUCAGAAAUUUAAUUUCUGCUGAUAGUGCCAUUGCUUCUAGAUGA